AUGUCGAACAUUAAUUCUGAAAAAGUAUUCAAGAUUCCGGUAUCAAUUUUACCUAAAAUACAAUCAUCGGCAUAACACUUUGGUUUAAUCAAAUCUGGUUCUUUACAAGGGAUUCCUGUCACUGGUGUUAUUGGUGAUCAGCAUUCAGCUUUAGUGGGUCACCAAUGUCUCUCUCCUGGUCAGAUUAAAAGUACUUAUGGAACUGGAUGUUUCAUUUUACAAAAUGAUGAAAAACCCGCUGUUUAUGCGUUAGAAGGCAGUAUUGCUGUUGUUGGUGCCUCAAUGGUUUGGCUUCGGGAUAAUAUUGGUUUAAUUAAUGAUUUCAAUGAAAUCGAAAGUUUGGCAAAUCAAGUUGAAGAUUCUGGUGGCGUUUAUUUUGUACCCGCUUUUCAAGGUCUAUUUGCACCUUACUGGGAUCUUAAUGCAAGCAGUUUGUUCAUUGGUUAUCUUUGUUCCAGAUUAGAAAAUUGAUGGAUAUGAAUCUUUUCCACAGCGGAAAUACUUAUGAACAAAUGAGUUAUCGGUUUUGAAAGGACUGACAAUAUCUUCAUUCAAUGAGUUCCGAAUGAUUCGUCCAAAUCCUUUGCUGUAAAAUAAGUAGAUAG